AUGAUCUGCAAGGAUAGUUUGAGCAAGGAUUCAGUGAGACUCCAGUCUCGAGAUAUGAAUGUAGAAGAGGAUGAGGAAUGGGGUCGUGAGUUGCCCAAUGGAUCAUUCACAGGCCAGAUAGGACUGUGCCAACGCAAUGUGUGGGUAGCUUUAGUCAUUGCCAUCGGCAUCAGUCUGGUUAUGGGUCUUUUCAUUACGAAGUUAGCAGCAAACGUCGAGAGAACUCCGACAUUCAGUCAACCACCUGCUGAAAUUAGAACGUCUUGGAUUACCAAAGUCAUGUGGACAGAAAGUCGAGGUUCUCUGACAGAACGACCGUCAGUUCGUGUUUACAUACUCUCCUGGUUACUGGCUGGUUUGAUUAUUCAGUUAGCCUACAGCUGCGUUCUAAUCUCCCUGCUGACGAUACCGAGAGUGCCUAUCCCGGUCAAUUCUUUGCAGGAUCUGCGCUCCCAGGACAAGAUUCCUUAUCUCAUUGAAGUUGGGACUUUAAUACACGAUACUUUCCAGAAAGCAGAGAGCGGAUUGUACAAAGAUAUUCUCGAGAAGGCAUACAUUAUUGAUGACUUUGGUGCCAACCGACAGUGGGUAAUGAAACAAAAGAUGGCAUCACUCAUUCCUAUAAUCAGCAUGAAAAAGGCCAUGAGUGAAUACUUCAGCCAGACAGCUAGAUGUUUCUACUAUAUAGCCAGGGAACCCAUUAUAGCUGUUCCGUUUGCUUUAGCCUUCCCGAAAGGGAGCAAGCUCGCUCCACUCUUCAAUAAAUGCCUAGAUGCCCAAACAGAGUCGGGCAUAAUCGACCAAAGGGUCGCAAGGGAAACAGCCAACGCCACGGCCUGUCUGGUCACACCUGACAAGGAGAGAGGUGAAGUGCUGAGACCUCUUUCGCUGAUGGAUUUAGCUGGCUUGUUUCUUAUCCAUGCUAUAGGCACCGGGAUCAGUUUCGUCAUAUUCACAACUGAGUGUCUUCUGCAGAGAAUCUGACUGAUUUCCGUCAAGGCUUUUGCAAGAAGACGAUCGAAUCCCUCCCUGAUGAGAAUUCUUUACUGGAAACAAUGAGACUUUUAAUGUAAUAGAUGAAAU